GGAAACAGUUCCAUGUCCUUGAAAAGUCCGGCGGAAAGAAGGAAACGCACUGCUACACGAAUUCCGCCUCAUGUAACUCUGUUCAAUGGGGAAGUGUGUAGUUCGGCUAUGAGUCUACCUGCGGGAUAGAGUUAGAUAUUUAAAAUAUUUAAAAGGCGAUCAUGUGUCUUGUCGGAGUCAACUACUGCAUUUUCACAUCAUUCCCAUGGACACGUCACUGCACGUCGGACAGUUAUUAGAUAAUAACGAACAUGGCUGCACCCACAGGACCGAGAGGAUCAUCAGCCUCUAGUUCUCCCGGGUUUGAAGGGUUUCCGUUUGCGGUUGUCGGGAGUAAACCUGAGGACAGCCCUGGUAAAGACCAGGAGCAAACCGGAGAAGCGAAAAGGAAGCCUUGCAGAGCUUGUACGGACUUUAAAUCCUGGAUGAAGGUCCAAAAGAGACAAGCUAAUAUACAGGUGACAUGAGGUCAAGGUUUUGUUUACAGCCGCGCAGUUCGGCGCCACAAAAUGGGGUUGAUUUCGGAUCACACAACAGCUGGCUCCAAACCUCAGGUUUAACUUGACUAACGUGCUCUCUUAAAUAAAACAGCAGUGGGAGUUUUAACUAUAAGCGCACUCCGCCUUUUUUGUAUCUACCUAUUGAAUUACUUUGUAAAUUUAAUCUUUGGCUUCAUAGCCGUUGACAUGCUUAUUUGUAAUGAAAUCUACAUUUUGUUGCAAGUGUGCAAGAAAAUGUUGAUGUUUGACUUGGCAACAGUCCUGUGGGUUUUAGGGGCUAAAAAGGUCACUCUAUAAGGAAAGAAUAACGAAUCUCUGCCUAUCUGUAACUGUUACUCCGUUAUAUCCCCCAGAAUUAUUUACAAAAACAAUGUCACAGAAGGAUGUGCUAACAUACUGAAUAUCAGCAUUGCUUUGAUUUUAUUAACUGAGUCACACCUGUGCUCAUACAGUUACUCAACAAACAUCUUGAGUGAUGUUUCUAUAAAACUGAGUAUCAUCACCCUACAUUGUUAUCCAAAAGUUUGGCAGGUUGUUGACAAAAUUAGUUGUUUAAUGUGGUUUCCUUGUGAGUCACAUGUGUCUGGUAAGUCUUGUUAAAAUCAACAUGAACUAAUGUGGAUUAUAUCAAAAUACCAUUGAAUUGACCCAAUUAGUAGGUCUUACUGACAAAGUUUUCUGUCUUGUCUUCAUCUGAAGGUGACCAAAGCUGGAGAGGUAGAACCCCAACAGGAGCCUCAGUGUCCACUGGACAGGGAAGAGCUGGGCCGUAACACCUGGUCAUUUCUACACACUAUGGCAGCAUAUUACCCCGACCAACCGUCAGCUACACAGCAGCAAGAGAUGGGGCAGUUCAUCAACCUCUUCUCCAAGUUCUUCCCCUGUGAUGAAUGUGCAACAGACCUGAGGAGCAGGUUGGUAAACAGUGCUUCUUUAGUUGCCACAUAAAACCUGUUUGUUACCUUUGGUUUAGGCACAAGAAACAGUACAAAAUAAAGAACAGGCAAUUUUGAAAAGCACAAUUUCUUCUUCACAGAUUAAAAACCAAUCAACCAGACACCAGGAGUCGCCAUGCCCUUUCUCAGUGGUUUUGCCAAAUCCACAAUGAUGUCAAUGUUCAGCUGGGAAAACCUGAGUUUGACUGCUCUCGUGUAGAUGAGAGGUGGAAGGAUGGAUGGAAAGAUGGCUCCUGUGACUGACUGCUGAAGACAGAGAGAUGAAAGGACUGAGCUUAGACAUUGAAGGAAAAGAAAUAUACAUGUCAGAGUUAAACUCCACCUUGCACAUGUUUAUGUGUAAACUGUCAAGGGAGGCACUAGAAAUGUUGCAUUGAUUAGUAGUAAUGGAUAUAACUGAUGUGGUUAUAAAAGUGAAGAUGCAAAACAACCAAGAAAACCCCCUUUUUCCUCAGUUUAGAACUUCUCUGAGACAGCACAAGAUUUACAGCAUAUAUUGUAACCUAUUUUCUGUUUAUGAUUUUUCUUUAUUUUGAGAUUGUCCCUUGAUAAUUAUUAUACAAUGCAUAAAGAACCCUCCCUAGUUUGACUUUGAUAAUUACAAUUGUGGCACUCAAUUGUUUGUAUGUUGUGAGCUGCUUUAAAUGUGAAGCUCCUGGAUUUGCAAUGACUAACAAAAUUUUGGGGACUAUAGCUACUAUGUUCAAUUUACAGUUUAAAGUGUACAGAUUAUAAAAAUAGAUUUUUUUGUUGAGUGAAGCUUCUCCACAAAUCAUCAUUUAUUUGUCCUUUUUGGGGUUUAAUGGGAGAGUCAUUGCAUUUGGUUGACACAUAAAACAGUGUGAACCACUCAAGGUUAAUGGGACGAGAGUGUGUUACUAUUGAUGACAUUUUAUAGAAUGAAUAAACUCAAUAUAGAGAUUGAAUCAGUGGAUUAUUGUCGGAUGAAAACAGCUGUUAGUUUAAGCAGCAUGUGAAGCCUUUUCUCCUCUACUCAGUGAUGUGUAAGUUCAAGUCACCUGAUAUGUGUGCCAUUUAUAAAUUGAUAAUUCUUUUUUAAUUUAGGAACAGUUCAAGGGCACAUGAAGAGUUGAUCAAGUUUAAUGUGCUGCUAUAACCAUGACAGUAAGGGAUUGAUAAUGAGCUUCGACAGUCCAAGUGUUUUGGCCAAGUAAUGGGGCAGCACAGACCAUAAAAGACAAAUCUCUACAGCCAAAUGCAUGUGCCUUGUGUCUGUCAUUGGAAUCAAAGAAACAUUUUUAUGAGAGCGUUUAUUGCAUCAGUUUCAAGUCAACAUCUGCAUCAGAAUGUAUUUGACGUUUCAAAAAUGCACUACUCUAAAGUGGCCUCUAGAGGUCGUGGAAGCCCUGAUUUUGAGGCAUUACUGGGUCUGUAUAUCAGCUGUACACACUUCUUCCCUUUCACAAUAGCAGUUCAUGGCCUGAAUAUUGAACUACAGAAUAAACUUUUUAAUAUAACAGAACAUAGUCGAGACAAGCUUGUGUCUGCUUAUUCAGCUGAAGCAUCUUGUGAAGUUCAUCAAUUUGACUUGAGAGCGUUUGGCAUUUAGCUGGUUGGUCACUGUUAAAGCUGCUGUGUUUUAUAAAAAAUCUCAUGAUACGCCACUUGUGACUUUAUUGUGUUGUGGUACUUGGCACACCAACACAUCAUGAGACUUUCCUUCAUGCUGAAUUUUAAUAACUGAGUUAUGUCUGUGACUUUGUGAUUAACAGUUUGGUCUGGAUAAAUUCAAUAUAUACAAAGUCUAAUUUCAGACUCACAAAACAGAUAUAGAUGGCUUUGUGCUUCACUGAAGACAUGAAGGUUUUGUUCACUUAAAAAAUAUAUGUAGAGAGUUUAUAUUCAGCUGUUAAAAUCACCUCUGAAGUCACUUCUUUUAUUGCUCAUUAUGGCCCUGCUCGGCCCUUAGUAUGCUAGCACCUCCUUUUCCCUAAACCUCUCUGACAUUCUUGUUGGAUCAUGUAUCAUUAUUAUCUGAUCUUAGCAGUUCUUGAAAUAUUACUGUAGGUCUACAGGUCCCUUUGGUUUGACAGCUGAAUAAUAAAGUUUUGAGAAGUUGACUAAUGACUCAGCAAAAAAGAUCCAGGCAACAGUCCUGAUGUACAGUCACCUGAAUUAAAAUGACAGUUUUAAUUUAUGCAGUGACAGCAACAACAAUAUUAAAAACAAAUUUAUUUGUGUAGCACUUAUAAAACACGAAUUUACAAAGAGCUGGGAAAAUCUGCAUAAAUAAAAAAGGAAAAAGAAAAAAACCAACAAUAAAAAAGAAACCCAUGAAAAAUUCACUCAAACAAACGACAUAAGGACCCAGAAAACACAAUAUGAAACCAAGAGCAUCAUAUAUAGCAAAGAAGCACAUCAUAAAACCCCCAGAAUAAUCUAAAUGAAUCUAAAUAACCACAGGCAAUACAGGAACCACAAUUUAUAAACAGAGACCAGAGGCCUGUGGGUGAGAAGAAGGAGCAUCAAAAUUAAAUAAAAGAGGAAAGAAGAGGAGGACAGAUGACACUCUGUCUAUAAGAAUAAGUUUUAAGAAGAGAUUUAAAAGAAGCAACUGAUUCACAUCUCUUUUGGCAGAUUGUUGCAAAGACAUGGAGGCCUGAUGGAAAAACCUUCAGUUUAAGUCUCAAUAUUGAGAGACCAGGAGUUCCCCACCCAAUAUCUAAGGCUACAAGGUGGCUCAUAGGGGGUUAAUAAUUAUGUAAGGUACUUUGGAACUAGGCCCUUAUGUGCUUUAAAAGUGAUGAGUAAAAUCCAUAGACUGUAUAUACUAUGGACAACUUGGUUCCGCCUACCGCCUGUAUACGGAUUUGAAGCCAAAUAGGUCUUGAUAUUUCCAGGAUUUUUCUUCAUUUCCUGAAACCAGUGCUGCGCAGUAGCGAUGCGCGCAUUUGGCCGCGCAGUCGCUGAGAGUCACUGUGAUGACACUUGGCUCAAACAGCGUAUCCCCCGGGAGAGCUACGCAAUCCCUGAACGCCCAUAGGCUGUAUCAGGUGUCAAUCAUAAAAAACAUGAACCCCCUAAUAACUUCGGAGCUUCACAGAAAAAAGAGGACUUCAGCACAAACCAGUCUUACGAUAACUACAUGUCAACAUCACAAGCAGGGGGGAGAAAAAAUGAUGUUCUGUGUAAUAAAUUUCUAAAGUUUGUCCACAGCUCCAUAAGCUUUGCUGGCAGAGGCG